AUGGUAGGAUCCCGAGCUGUGACGAAGCGGGCAGGCCGCAAGAAAGAUGCCGCCAAUGCGAAGCAAUCUGCGGGCGCGGGCCGCGGUGGCUCCAAAGGCAUCCAGAAAGCCGCGUUCGAAAUCGCGAAGAAGAAGGAGGUCGGCGUCUCCGACUUGACGCUGAUCAGCAAGAUCUCCAACGAAGCCAUCAACGACAACCUGAAGAAGCGGUUCGAGAAUGCGGAGAUCUAUACGUAUAUCGGCCAUGUGCUGGUGUCGGUGAACCCGUUCCGCGACUUGGGCAUUUACACAGACCAGGUAUUGGAUAGCUACAAGGGGAAGAACCGGCUGGAGAUGCCGCCGCAUGUGUAUGCCAUCGCGGAAGCGUCGUAUUACAACAUGAACGCGUACAAAGAGAACCAAUGCAUCAUUAUCUCGGGGGAGUCAGGUGCAGGGAAGACGGAGGCGGCGAAGCGGAUCAUCCAGUACAUCGCGAACGUUUCCGGCGGUAGCAACGGCUCCAUUCAGGAGAUCAAGGACAUGGUCCUCGCGACGAAUCCAUUACUAGAGUCCUUCGGCAACGCCAAGACACUGCGGAACAACAACUCGUCGCGGUUCGGGAAGUAUCUGGAAAUCCAGUUCAACGCGCAGGGGGAGCCGGUGGGCGCGAACAUCAACAACUACCUCCUCGAAAAAUCCCGCGUGGUGGGUCAAAUCGCGAACGAGCGGAACUUCCACAUCUUCUACCAGUUCACCAAAUCGGCGUCGAACAACUACCGCGAGAUCUUUGGGGUGCAGCAACCCCAGUCAUACGAUUACACGAGCCGAUCAAAGUGUUACGAUGUCGACGGAAUUGAUGACCAUGCCGAAUUCAAGGACACGUUAAAUGCGAUGAAGGUUAUUGGCAUGUCGCAAGAAGAGCAGGACAAUGUUUUCCGGAUGUUGACUUGCAUCCUGUGGAUCGGUAACAUCACGUUCGGCGAAGAUGAGCAGGGCGAUGCGAAGAUCAAAGACCGAUCAGUGAUUGACUUCGUCGCAUACCUAUUGGAAGUCGAUGCGGCACACGUCGACAAAGCAUUGACCGAGAGAGUGAUAGAAACCAAUCGCGGUGGGCGACGAGGGUCCGUCUACGAUGUCCCACUCAACAUCCCCCAAGCGCAUUCUGUGCGCGACGCCCUUGCCAAAGCGAUCUACACCAACAUGUUCGACUGGAUCGUCCAGCGCGUCAACGCGUCGCUGAAAGCCCGCGGCGCCAUCGCCUAUUCGAUCGGCAUCCUCGACAUCUACGGAUUCGAGAUCUUCGAGAAAAACAGCUUCGAGCAACUGUGCAUCAACUACGUGAACGAGAAACUGCAGCAGAUCUUCAUCCAGCUGACGCUCAAGACCGAGCAAGAGGAGUACGAGCGGGAGCAGAUUAAGUGGACGCCGAUCAAAUAUUUCGACAAUAAGGUUGUCUGUGACUUGAUCGAGGAAAAACGGCCUCCGGGUGUCUUCGCUGCGCUAAACGAUGCAUGCGCUACUGCUCAUGCGGAUCCAGGCGCGGCAGACCAGACAUUCGUCCAGAGGAUGAACAUGCUGUCUUCGAAUCAACAUUUCCAGCCCCGACAAGGCCACUUUAUCAUCAAGCACUACGCUGGCGAUGUCUCCUAUGCCGUCGAGGGUAUGACCGACAAGAACAAGGACCAGCUCCUUAAGGAUCUUCUCAACCUCGUAGCUCAAAGCGGGAAUAAUUUCUUGCACACUCUAUUCCCGCACGAAGUCGAUCAAGAUAACAGGCGUCGACCCCCGACAGCCGGUGAUAAGAUCAAGGCGUCGGCGAAUGAUCUGGUUGCAACGCUCAUGAAAUGCUCUCCUUCUUAUAUUCGAACGAUCAAACCCAACGAGAACAAGUCUGCGUCCGAGUACAAUUCCGGUAAUGUUCUUCACCAGAUCAAAUACCUCGGUCUCCAAGAGAACGUGCGGAUUCGACGCUCCGGUUUCGCCUAUCGACAAACGUUCGAGAAAUUCGUCGAGCGGUUCUACUUGCUGUCACCGAAGACUUCGUACGCUGGCGAAUAUACCUGGACGGAAGAUUACCCAUCUGGGGCGCGUCAGAUUUUGAAGGAUACGAACAUUCCAAACGAAGAGUACCAAAUGGGCGUCACGAAGGCUUUCAUCAAGACUCCGGAGACGCUGUUCGCGCUUGAAACGAUGCGAGAUCGAUACUGGCAUAACAUGGCCAUCCGGAUCCAGCGAGCGUGGAGGAACUACCUGCGGUACCGUACCGAGUGUGCCAUUCGAAUCCAGCGGUUCUGGAGAAGAAUCAAUGGAGGGAAGGAGUACAUCCAGGUACGAGACUACGGGCACCAGGUGCUUGCUGGACGGAAAGAACGACGUCGUUUCAGUCUAUUGGGCUACCGCCGGUUCAUGGGAGAUUACCUUGGUCUUGCUAAUAAGGGUGGGCCCGGAGAAAUGAUUCGCGGCGCCAUUGGGGUCAGCCCAGGCGAGCCGGUGCUGUUCUCCUGCCGUGCGGAACUGCUGGUCUCCAAGCUCGGUCGAUCGAGUAAGCCCGAGCCUCGGAUGCUGGUCCUCACCGGAAAGACCAUCUACAUCGUGAAGCAAGUCAUGGCCAACAACCAAGUGCAGAUCUUGGCGGAACGAACUAUCUCGAUUGGGGCCCUUCGAUUUAUCAGCGCGACGAAUCUCAAGGAUGACUGGUUCUCGAUCGGGGCCGGAUCUCCGCAGGAACCAGAUCCUUUGGUCCGAUGCGUUUUCAAGACCGAGUUCUUCACGCACUUGGCCAGGGCGCUCCGGGGGAUGGAUCUAAAGAUAGGGCCACAAAUCGAGUACAACAAAAAGCCGGGGAAGCCUGCCGUGGUCAAGUCGCAGCGGGAUCCAACCGUUCCCAGGGACGAUUUGUACAAAAGUGGCACUAUCCACACCGGCCCUGGCGAGCCGCCUAAUUCGGUAUCGCGGCCGACCCCUCGAGGCAGGCAGAUAGCUGCGAAGCCUAUCACUAAGGGUAAGCUGCUACGACCCGGUGGCCCAGGCGGUGGUCCUUCGAAGCUGGCAUCUCGCGCUGUGCCGCAGGCCAGACCUGUCCCUUCCCAACCCACCCAACCACGGGCGGUUCCCCAACCCGUGGCCGCAGUCAACGGCGCCGCAAGAAGCACGUCAUCCAUGCCGUCUGCGGCUACAGCUGCAGCCAGGGCGCCCCCUCCCCCUCCCCCUCCCGCCGCCGCACCGGCGCCAAGGGAACCCACGUACCGUGCCUUAUACGAUUUCGCCGGACAAACGAGCGGGGAGAUGAGCGUGACGAAGCACGAAAUCGUUGAGGUCACCCAGAAAGAGGGCAACGGUUGGUGGUUAGCUCGCCGCCUCGACCACUCCGCCUCGGGUUGGACCCCCUCGGCGUACCUCGAAGCAUACACUCCCCCCGCAGUGCAGCAAGCCCCGCCUCCGCCUCCACCUCCGGCCGCUCGCGCCGUUCCCGCCCCUCCCGUCGCCAAUGGUAUCGCGGCUCACGGCCCCGCAGCCGGCGCCCGUGCCAAACCCACACCUCCCACCCCUCCGGCGAAGCGGCCUGCGGGCAACAAACCGCUGGUGCCGGUCGCGCCGCGCGACAGUGGGUAUUCGGGCAGCGGGGCCAGCGCGGGGGGCGCGGACACGCCGGCACGUGAUAGCGGGGGGAGUCUUGCGGGCGGGUUGGCGGAGGCAUUGAAGGCGAGGCAAGCGGCGAUGAAUUCGAGGCGUCCGGCAAAUGACGAUGAUUGGUGA